AUGAACUACUACAUACCCGACACAAAUUGUCCAACAGAGCCGAUGAUCGGCUCGCCGCCGGCUAACGACAGCAGUGAGAUGUCGCCGAAUUCAACUAAUGGUGUAUCGGUUGGCGGUGCGGCGGCAGUUGGCGGUGGUCGCAAAAGGCCGCUAUUGGCUGGCGGUCCGAGAACAUCCAUGACCCCCACAAAACGAACGGUCAUGAGCUUGUUGGCAAGAGCGCGAGCCGCACAAGCCAAACAGCUUCCCACAGCUUUCCAAAGAACAACACCAGAAUAUAAAAGGAUGCAUUAG